AGAGUAGAAUGUUCAAACUAGAAUCUUUGCAAAAUCUAGUCACUUCUUACAUGAGCAAGCUGAAGGCAAGUCACUUGUGAUAAACCUCUACUAUUUCAAAGCGAUUUCUGAGCAUUUUCUAUGGAUUCCUGCCCAAGAACUUUCUACCAGAGUGGACCAUGGAUUGGUGCUGAACAUGACACUCAUUCUGAGCGAGUCCUGCCCAACUCUGCAAAGGAAAUGGAUAUGGCAUCUCACUGGAGGCUCCAGACUGAGCAUCCAUACAAAUAUGUGCGGUCAACACGGAUUUCUUCCAGCAGGUAUUGGAUGGAGUGCCAAAAGGGUCAAGCUGUGCCUCAGGAGCAGCAGCUCCAUGAUGGGACCAACCUGCCAACCUCAGCACCUCAGACCCUGAGAUUUGUGGACAACUUGAUCCACCCUCAGUCCACCAGUGUCAGAGGUAGCCAGCUGGCCUCCACCAGACCUGUGGUGACUCCAGUGAGGAAGGAGAUGUCCUUUGUGGGAACACACACAGCUGCCUGGCUAAAGGAGCUUGGACCCCUCAAGUUUGUGGGGAGUCUCAAUCUUCCUGCUGAGGUAGUUUGUGGUCAGCAGAACAACCUGACACUCAAGUCGACCGAGCUGCCUGGCAUCAGGACCCUCAAGCCGACCGAGCUGCCUGGCAUCACGACCAUCAAGCCAGCCCAGAUGACCUUUAGUAGAGCCCCAAUUCAGCCUCAGGCCUCAGCCAGUCAUUACAGCAAAGAGGACCUUCUGAAGAUGAUCGAGCUCCACGGCCAAAUGCUUGUCAAGUACACAGAGCUGAAGUGUAAGGCUGAGAACAUCGAAAAGAUCAUGACACAGUCGCAGUCAAAUGGCCCAGCAGAAAUCCAGAAGAAGAAACGAGACAUCCAAGACAAGAUCUGGGAAGAAGAUAUGAAGACACUGGAUGAUCUCACUGGGGGGCUGGUUCUUCCUGAUGACGCCGUUGAGAAACUUGAGGCCAUUCCUGGUAUCAUGGACUUGGCCAGAGAGAUGGGCUUCCCUGAGUGUCUUCUGGUGAAAUGACUUUUUAGUAUUAUUGCAUAUGUUUAUUACAUUAUUAUUAACUAAUCAUUAUUAAAUAUAUAUUUUUGUGCAACUUUAAAAC